AUGUAUCUAUCUGAGUUUCAUCACAUCUAUCUAUCUAAGUACGUAUAUACAAGGAUCCUCAAUUAUCUAUCUAUGUUUAUAAGUUUCAUCAUAUCUAUCUAUCUAAGUACUUAUAUUCGAGGAUCCUCAAUUAUCUAUCUAUCUAUCUAUCUAUCUAUCUAUCUAUCUAACUAUCUAUCUAAGUACUAUAUACGAGGAUCCUCAAUUAUCUAUCUAUCUAUCUAUCUAUCUAUCUAUCUAUCUAUCUAUCUAAGUACGUAUAUACGAGGAUCCUCAAUUCUCUAUCUAGAACGUAUAUACGAGGAUCCUCAAUUAUCUAAGUACUUAUAUUCGAGGAUCCUCAAUUAUCUAUCUAUCUAUCUAUCUAUCUAUCUAUCUAUCUAUCUAAGUUUCAUAUCUAUCUAUCUACCUAUCUAUCUAUCUAAUUUUAAAAAAGAGAUAUCUAUCUAUCUAUCUAUCUAUCUAUCUAUCUAUCUACCUAUCUAUCUAUCUAUCUAUCUAUCUUGCUAG